AUGUUAUGUAAAAUAGUUUUACUAUGUUUCUUCAAUUGUUUAUACCUUCAUGCAAAAGCAGACACAGAAUGCGAUGACUUUACCAUGGAUAUUGAGGAUAUACGGGAAUUCAGCAGUUUUAAGCCAAUAAACAACUCAAUAACAUACAUACACACAACAGCCAAAGAACUCAGUGCCUGUGACUAUCUUCGGGUAUAUGUUGAGUUAGAAGAACCAGUGCCAGGACUAACGAGUGCAAAGGCCAACUUCACACUUAAGCUGGAAGACACAUCAAAGAGCAGUCUUGUAUCACAGGAGAAUCAGGUUGAUGGUGGACUUAUAGCUGGAAUUAUCAUUGGUCUAAUACUCCUCAUAAUUGCUGGAUAUUUUGGAUAUAAUAUACUGAUGGAAAAACUUGAAUCUGGAGUAUAUCGUGAGUAG